CAGCGAAAAAAAAAUAAAUCAAUGAAAUUUUCAUUAACCAAACCAACGUGUUGUUUGUGUGUGUGUUGAUGUAUUUGGAUUAACCUUCAAGACACAAAACAAAACAUUUCUGUUUGUUUAAAUUUACUUUUGGUUUAAUUUUAGAUUCAUUUGUCAUCAAAUGUUAAUUGAUUGAUUGAAACAUUCUUAUUGUUAUUGUCAUCAUCAUUAUUUACAACAGCCAAAUCUAAUAACAUAACAUUGUAACAAAAAUGGCCGGUCGAUGUAAAACCGUGCUUAAUUCUGCAUCACAUGUUGUUUGUGAAAAGCUUAGUGAUGCUAAGCUAAAAAGGCUAGGUGAUCAUAAAUAUUCAGCAACGGGUAGUACAAUGUGUGAUUGUAUAAUGCAAAAAUUUUGGAGAUGGUGUAUUGAUUAUUGUAUACCGGAAUGGUGGGCACCAAAUUCAAUGACACUUGUCGGUUUAAUUGUCAAUGUAUUGACUUGUUCAUUGUUGGUUUAUUAUAGUCCGGAUGCAAAACAAGAUAUUCCACCAUAUGCAUUAGUAUUGGCUGCCAUUGGUUUAUUUAUAUAUCAAACAUUGGAUGCUUGCGAUGGUAAGCAGGCACGUCGUACUAAAACAAGUUCAUCAUUAGGCGAACUUUUCGAUCAUGGAUGUGAUGCAAUUUCUACAAUAUUUGUUUCAUUAUCUGUAUGUUUAACGGUACAACUUGGUCAUUAUCCUAAUUGGAUUGUUAUAUUAUGUGCUGGUGCAACUAGUCUAUUCUAUAUUGCCCAUUGGCAGACAUAUGUUUCUGGCACAUUGAAAUUUGGUUUCUUUGACGUAACCGAAGCACAAUUUACGAUAAUUACGAUGCAUUUAAUAUCAGCUAUUUUUGGUUUAUCAUUUUGGAGUAACAAGAUUUUUGGUGUUGAACUUAAAAUGAUUGCAAUGAUUGGUGUUGCCGGCAAUGAAUGUUAUCUAUUUGUACGUGAUCUCAAAUCUAUUCUAUCUGGUGGUGCGGGUAAAAAUGGUUCAACAGUUGCUGGUACAUCAAUUCUAUCACCAAUAAUUCCUUUAAUGUUGGUCUAUUCAUUUACAUUGAUUAUCUAUUCCAAAUCGAUGAGCAAUGCAUUUGUCGAUUAUAUUACCAUCUAUGUUAUUACAUUUGGUUUUGUAUGUGCAAAAAUAACAUGUAAACUUGUGGUUGCUCAUAUGAGUAAAAGUGAAAUGUCAAAAAUGGAUACCAUAUUCAUUGGUCCUUUGAUAUUAUUUUUCAAUCAAUAUUUUAAUUUCUAUUUUGAUGAAUUAAUAAUGCUUUGGGUUGCACUUGCUUAUAUAUUAUUGGAUUUUACUUAUUUUGGUUUUUCAACAUGUCGGCAGCUUGCAAAAUAUUUACGUGUCUCUAUAUUGACAAUUCGACCUAAAGAAAUGUCAACAAAUAUUUCAACAUCAUCAUCAUUAUCAUCACCAACAUCGACAACAGCAACAACAACAACAACGACAAACGGUAGGCAACAAUAUGGAACAAGGCAACGAACUGGAAAUCAUUUACGCCGCUGACAUCCAAUCUAAAAUAAUUAAAAAACAAA